GUGACAUUUAAGUCCAGCCCCCUGACGUAUGAGCUGCUAAAACGAAACAUUUUCUUUGACUGUUCGUUUGAGAGAAAGAAAUCUUCGGCAAAGAAAUGGCAGAAGUUGCUCCAGCUCCAGCCGCAGCCGCCCCGGCUAAGGCUCCCAAGAAGAAAGCAGCAAGCAAGCCUAGGAAAGCGGGGCCCAGCGUUGGGGACUUGAUCGUGAAGGCAGUUUCUGAUUCUAAGGAGAGACACGGAGUUUCACUGGCUGCCUUGAAGAAGGCUCUGGUUGCCGGUGGUUACGACGUAGAGAAGAACAAUUCUCGUGUAAAGAUUGCAGUCAGGAGCCUGGUGACCAAGGGUACCUUGCUUCAGACUAAAGGAACCGGUGCCUCUGGUUCGUUUAAGCUGAACAAAAAUCAGCCUGCUGUGAAGAAGCCCGCCAAGAAAGCAGCUCCUAAAGCUAAGAAGCCAGCGGCGGCCAAAAAGGCAGUAGCGAAGAAGCCUGUAGCCAAAAAGUCGCCCAAGAAGAAGCCCGCUACAGUGAAGGCUAAGAAGAGCCCAAAGAAGGCCAAGAAGCCGACAGCAGCGGCUAAGAAGCCGAAGCCGGCCAAAAGUCCGAAGAAAACCAAGAAGCCGGCUGCAAAGAAGGCGAUUAAGAGUCCUAAGAAAGCAAAAGCGACCAAGCCGAAAGUUGCCAAGCCCAAGAGCGUCAAAGCAAAGAAAGCGGCUCCUAAGAAGAAGUGAGCGCGUACACUGUACUGUUCACUAGCAUCAAAGGCUCUUUUAAGAGCCACC